CCAGGUUUACCAGCCUCCACAACCGGCUCCAACAGCUCAAAUCAUUCACCCCUCACCCCGCCAUUUACCACGCCAAUUCUCGCAUUCCCACCAGCCUGCAUGUUCGAGAUUACUGCUGUCACAACUUUUGCGUUUGCGUCCGACAUCGCGCAAUGUCGCCUGGGCUGAAGCCCCUGAUCUUACCACAGCUCGUGGAGCAGCGGAAGCUUGGGAAUGACAUGGCCGAUGGCGACCAAACCUACAGCUACUACACGAAUCACUCGUCUUCCUCCUCGUCCGACCUCGCCUCGCCCUCGCCAAUAACACCCACAUUCACUCGCAACGGCUAUUCGCGCUACUCGGCUUCGACCUCUUCCCUGGAGCAGGUAGCCUCCUCGUGCCAUGACAACACCACCUCGCCUGCGCAGCUUUCGCAUACGUCCAAGGGCAGCAAAUCCCAGCUCCCCGACGUGCAGGAGGAUCCAUUGAGGGAGGAUGAGGAUAUAACGGUCCUUGCCAGCCAUUAUGAGCUCUAUGGUUGCUUGUGCGACGAGCCCUGCGUCCACCGUAGCGCCGACUCAGUCCAAACGACCGUCCAAUACCUCGGAACGGACAUCGACUAUGAUAUCGGCUUUCUGAGUGAUGGCGACUUGGAUGCAACAAGCCCACGGUCCAAGAGGAGGCGGAAUGGCUCAGAAUCAACAUUCACCGGUUGGAGCAGGCAGCUCGGAUCAAGAUUCCCGACCCUUACACGGUGGAAAUCGGUCGGCAGACGCAACGACUUGACCUUCUCUCCCGCCUCUGAGCCAUCGCUAGAUCACCGACCGAGCGUCUCCCGGACCGUCUCCCGGGCCGCUUCAAGCAGCUCAUCGUCUAUUUCUAUGCUGGGCCGUCGAAUGCCGGAUUUCAGCCGGGAAUUUCCACCGACCCCUGCGCUGUCUGUUUAUGGCAGCACAGACAGUAUUGUGCUUUCGUCCGUGUUCGACGUGGAGAACGCGAGUGUCAGGAAGGAUAUCGAGCGCGACCGUGCCAUGGCCGCGACUCCGCUCCUACCGCCUCUCCUCACCGAUCAGCUGCCGGCCUCUACAUGCUCGUCACUUCAGGCUUCGCCGUUGCAAUCCCCAACUGUGGCCCCCUCGGUUCCCUCUCCCAUUCUUGAGGCGCCUUCGCCAAACCCGAACCUCACGCCGCCUCUCAGCAACAAGCCCUCGGUGUCCUCGUUUCGUCCGGUGCCUACCAUGACUUUUGCUGCCGCCACCUCUCCGACGGGCGAGACAGCUUCGCCGAUCCCAAACCUGAUCGAGCACGACAAGUGGUCUGAUUGUCUUGGUCAUGCCAACUUUACCAUCCUUCCCCGCCCCCAUCAGCCGGCAGCGACCAACCUCCAGGCCCUGUCGCUGCUGCGUGCGGAUUGGGACCUGGCAAGGAUCAACUACACCAAGCAUCUGGUCCGGACGGGCGAGCACUACGGAACAACGUCCAACACUUACGCCCUCACUCAAGCGAAGUGGACCGAGAUCGAGGGCGAGUGGCACUCGAUAGAGGACGACCUCAUUGAGCGCAUUGUCCAAAACGGCAACGACGAGGCCUUGGCUGCACUCAUGCGGCGUACGCAGGAAGAUGGUCUCCCAACCGACAUUCCAAGGAUACUGGACGCUGAGGGCAAGUUCCCCGAGCGUGGCGAUGUCGACAUUGUCGGGCCCAUGCAACGGGACGCGGUCAUGCUUCGAUGCGCCCCGGACGACAAGAAGAAUGUCAGCGCCUGGCUGAAGAACCUCGCCGAAAAGGUCGGCCUACGGAAAUGACCAGCACGUCACGCAGCCCUCAAACCCACCCUCACCUCACGAGCAAGCAUUUUAUGUGUAUUCGAUGUCACGACGAUAUGAAACCCCUCAAGACAUAGACUUCAUCGUAUCCUGUCGCAACUUUUUUUUCACUCUUCCCCCCAUUUCUUUCUUUUCCUUUCCUUUCCUAUUUUUCUUUUCUUUUUUUUCUUACCUCCGAUUCAAAGAUACCCAGCCAACUCGUGCCGCUCAUUUCGUUCUGUGUCACUGGCCUGGACAAGUACCAGGGCCAAGCACAUUGUUAUUUCUUAUGUACCGGCGAGG